AUGGAUCAUGCCGGAGGAGAUUGGGUAGAUGAGCUACAAAGUGUUCUCUGGACCUACCGUACGACACCCAGGGAAAGCACAGGGCUCACUCCAUUCCUCCUGGUCUACGACAGUGAAGCAGUAGUACCCGUGGAGAUCGGGGUGCCCUCAACCAGAAAAAUUCUAUAUGACGAAGAAAAUGCUGAGCGGCGAUUGACAGAGCUGGACCUCAUUACCGAAACUCGCGAACAAACAGCAGCCCGACUAUUUGCUUAUCGACAAAGGAUGCGGCAAAAUUAUGACAGAAACAUGGUCCCUCGCUUCUUCGGAGAGGGAGACCUGGUCUGGAAGCGAGUGAAACCCAUGGGAGAUGUGACUAAGCUAGCACCUCAAUGGGAUGGACCCUACACAGUUAUCAAAAAAUUAGCAUUAGGUGCAUACUACUUGCAGGAUGAUCGAGGUAGGAAUCUAGAGCGGCUCUGGAGCGCUAACUACCUUCGGCCUUAUCGCAUCUAG